CAUCCAGUUGCAAAAAGUUGAUAAAAUAAAUGGUGUAAAUACGCUACCCAUAAUGAUCAACUUGCGUUUGUGUUCUAUCUUUUCGCUCCUCAGUUGAAAUUAUUCAAUUCCUCCGACAUGGCGGCGAAACACCCAAUCACGGCGGCGAUGCGUCUGUUGGGGGCUGUGUUCACUUUACUAGCUGCUGUGAGUGAAGCGCAGCCGCAGAGAAACGCUACUUCACCGGUUACUGAUCCUGCUGAAGCGAGGGCGAUCAAUUCAAUUUUCCGGCGGUGGCGGAUCACGGCGAAUGAGAGAUGGAAUACGACCGGCGACUUAUGCAGUGGAAUCGCUAGUGAUAGCAGCACGCCUCUGGAUUAUAGCCCCGGCAUCCAAUGCGAUUGCUCCUACAAUUCGAGCACCAUUUGCCACAUUUACUCCUUGAGAGUGUAUUCGAUGUCGGAUUGGGACUCAUCUUCAAAUGUUGUGGGUGAGCUACCGGAGGAGCUCUGGACUUUGACCUACCUGACUUCUCUAAAUUUGGGGCAGAAUUAUUUGUCUGGUAGCCUGCCCCCUUCCAUUGCCAACUUAUCUCGGAUGCAGUACCUGAGCAUUGGAAUCAAUCCCUUGUCAGGGGAGCUGCCCAAGGAACUAGGCAGACUUACUGAUUUAAGAUCAUUGGCUAUUGGUACAAGUAAUUACUCUGGUCCUUUGCCAGCUGAACUUGCGGACUGCACAAGGCUAGAAGAACUUUGGAUCGAUAGCUCUGGAGUUAGUGGUGAAAUCCCUUCGUCGUUUGCAAGACUACGGAACAUGAAGAUAAUGUUUGCUUCAGACGUUGCAUUCACAGGACAAAUACCCGACUUCAUUGGAAAUUGGACUAACUUAACUGUCGUAAGAUUCGAAGGAAACUCGUUUCAGGGCCCAAUACCACCAUCCUUUUCCAAUUUAAGGGAUUUGACCGACUUGAGAAUAUCUGAUCUAUCCAAUGGGAGCUCUUCUCUAGACUUUCUCACAAAUAUGAAGGCUUUGACUACUUUAUCUUUGAGGAAUAACAACAUCUCUGGCUCCAUCCCCUCCAACUUUGACGAAUAUCCAAAUUUAUCUUUGCUGGAUCUGAGCUUCAACAAUUUCACUGGAGGAAUUCCAGAUUCCCUUUUCAAUAUGAGUUCCCUUGCCCACCUAUUUCUUGGCAACAACAAGUUGACUGGUUCUCUGCCUGCACAGAAGAGUUCACUCCUUCAGUUUAUUGAUUUGUCGUAUAACGAACUUUCUGGAAGCUUUCCUUCUUGGACCAGCCAGCGAGAUCUCCAACUUAAUUUGGUUGCCAACAAUUUCAGUAUGGAAGGCUCUAACACCAGUUUCUCGGCAUCAGGACUGAACUGCCUCCAAAGAAACUUCCCUUGCUUCCGAGGAGAUCCUCAGUAUUCCAGCUUUGCAAUUAAAUCAGGUGGUGUACAAAUGAGAUCUGCCACAGGAGUCGUGUACGAGGCAGAUAACGCAACUCUAGGUCCAGCGUCAUAUUAUGUGACUAGAGAACAGAGAUGGGCUGUUAGUAAUGUUGGUCUUCCUUCUGGAAGCAGGAAUCCAGAAUACACAACUAACUUCGUAACAUAUAUUCCGAAUACGAGGGAUCCAGAGAUGUACCAGAGUUCGCGUGUUUCUGCUGGAUCAUUAAGAUAUUAUGGCUUGGGCCUCGAGAAUGGGGGUUACAAUAUAACCCUUCAGUUUGUAGAGACCAAGAUUGAGAACCCUACUGGUUGGAAGAGUCUUGGAAGGCGUGUUUUUGAUAUAUAUAUUCAGGGUAAUCUAGCUUUCAAGGAUUUUGACAUACGAAAAGAGGCUGGAGGGUCAUUGAGAGCUGUGGUCAAGGAUUUUACUGCACGAGUGACUGAAAACCACCUUGAAAUUCAUCUGUUUUGGGCUGGAAAAGGAACUUGCUGUGUGCCCGCUCAGGGUAUAUAUGGACCUUCUAUUUCAGCAUUGAGCGUCAGCCCCGGAGAUUUUAUUCCUACUGUAAGCAACAAUUCUCCAAAUGAGUUUGUCAACAACAAGAAAAAUAGGUCGGGCAUGAUCGUGGGGGUUGUCGUUUCGGUUGUAGCUGUAAGUAUUCUUACCUUACUAGCAAUCUGUUAUACGGUGCGGAGAAGAAGGCAGAAACGACAUGAAGAUGAAGAGUUCCUGGGCCUUGAAACCAGACCGUACACUUUUACAUAUGCACAGCUUAGAGCUGCCACAAACGAUUUCAGUACAGCCAACAAGCUUGGAGAGGGAGGAUUUGGGACUGUUUACAAGGGGACACUGGAGGAUGGAAGAGUUACUGCUGUGAAGCUGUUGUCUGUAGCAUCCCAUCAAGGGAAGAGCGAAUUUCUGGCAGAGAUUGAAACCAUAUCAGCUGUGCAACACCGUAACCUAGUGAAGCUGUACGGAUGCUGCAUUGAGGGAAAUAAACGACUACUUGUAUAUGAGUACCUUGAGAACAAGAGCUUAGAUCAAGCUUUAUUUGGUAAAGGAAGUUUUUUCCUCGACUGGCAUAUGAGAUUUGAUAUAUGCUUAGGAGUAGCACGAGGCCUAGCUUAUCUUCAUGAGGAAUCCCGACUUCGGAUUGUGCACAGAGACGUGAAGGCAAGCAAUAUUCUGCUCGAUACUCAACUCAACCCAAAACUCUCGGAUUUUGGCUUGGCCAAGUUGUAUGAUGACACGAAGACACAUAUGAGCACCCGUGUUGCAGGCACGAUUGGGUAUCUUGCUCCGGAAUAUGCUAUGAGGGGUCACCUUACAGAGAAGGCUGAUGUAUUCGGUUUUGGAGUUGUAGCUCUUGAAAUUAUCAGUGGAAGAGCAAAUUCCGAUCCGAAACAGGAAGAAGAUAGGGUAUAUCUACUUGAAUGGGCCUGGCAUUGCCAUGAAAAUGAGAGAGAUGUGGAGCUGGUGGACGAAGAGUUGUCAGAGUUCAACGAGGAGGAGGCACGACGGGUGAUAGCAGUAGCGCUUUUAUGCACCCAAACAUCGCCCGUGGUUCGACCAUCCAUGUCCCGAGCUGUGGCAAUGCUGUGUGGAGAUGCAGAGAUUCCAGUUGUGACUGCAAAGCCUGGAUACCUCACAGAGUGGAACUUCAGUGAUAUCACUGCCUAUGCUGACCCAAUCUCAACCACUCACACCCCACAAUCGACCCACUCGCCCAUCCCCGCCUCCGAACCCAUGCUCCGGGAGGUCACUCCAGACGGAAGAUGAUACAAUUAGAGAUUACUAUCAUUUGUAUAUUAUUAUUCUCAUUAGUGAAUUCUAAUUAUCUGAAUUAAAAUGUUUUUGUAAGAAGAACACAUUACAUAACACAAAAGCGAAAUUUGCAUUGUAAUAUAAAGAAUGAUUACAUUA